AUGUUUCCUCGCCUUGCCCUCAUCGGCGCCGUGGCGCCGCUGCGCGUGGCCAGCCAGCGCCAGAUCAACCGCAAGCUCAAGCACCCGGCCACGCUGCGCAAGCUGGCGCGCAAGGAGGCCGAGAACCCGCGCCCGAACUUCAACGGCUGGUCGCCGGCGCGCGCCGAGGGCCCGCUCGAGGGCCUGCCGUUUACGGUCAAGCGCACGUCGACGGGCUUGCAGCUGCCC